GUAUCCUUUUUUGUGUCAACACUGAGAGAGCUGUUUGAUCCAAUUUUUUCAACUUUUUAUUUUUUUUUGUAUAAUCGACGAUGAUAAUCACGAACGAAUAUCCUGACUAGGCUUUUGAGAAUCUAAAAAAGCUUUUUUACCCAGCAAUAUCAAAGACUACUUCCUAUAAUAAUACAAUCAACUGCAAAUAGUAGUGUUUCCACUGCAGUGAAAAGAUAUCGUGUCGGUUCUAUCACACUUUUCUGUAUAGCUUAAAAUUGAUCUUAAUCUAUACCGGCCCGAUAAUGAAUUUAGGAAUUUUGGGUUGUGGAGUUAUCGGUCUGACAACUGCAAUUGAAUUACAAAAAGAAUUUCCUAAUGCUCAAGUGUCAAUAAUUGCUGAUCGAUUUAAUAAAGAUACAACGAGCUAUGUAGCAGCAGGAAUUUUUAGACCUGGUACUAGUUUUAUGGGACCAUCACUUGAUGUCACACAAAAAUGGAUUACUGAUGCAUUUAAUUACUGGGAUGAUAUUCGUAAAUCAUCUGAAGCACCACUUGCUGGUGUUUGUCAAUUAUCUGGAUAUAUUUUUUCAACAACUAGUCCAUCAAUUGUUCGGAAUCAUUUCAUUGAAAAGCUCCUACCAAUUUAUCGCCAAACAACAGAAGAAGAAUUAACAUUAUGUCAUGGUGGAUGGAAAUAUGGUUCAUUUUUUACCACUGUCCUAACGGACAGUCGAAUUUAUUUGCCAUAUGCAACAAAAAAAUUCCUAGCAGCAGGUGGCAAAAUAAUCGAACAAAAUGUCACAUCAUUCUUUGAUAUUAAUCAAAAAUUUGACGUUUUAGUCAACUGCACUGGAAUGGGCGCCAAAGAACUUUGUCAAGAUCAACAAUUAGUUCCAAUUCGAGGACAAGUUCUUAAAGUUCGCGCUCCAUGGUUAAAAAUGGCAUUUUAUGGUGAUUACGAUACUUAUAUCAUCCCUGGAUUUGAAAGUGUCACUUUAGGUGGAUGUCGUCAAUUUGACAGUUAUAACAGAGAUGUAUGCAAAUAUGAUUCGUUAGCAAUUCGUGAACGCUGUUAUGGAAUGUUACCUAGUUUGAAAAAGGCUGACAUUUUAGAAGAAGCUGUUGGACUUCGACCACAUAGAUCGGUGGUAAGGGUUGAACCAGAGUUUAAACAAACUCAUGGUGGAAGAACAAUGAAAAUUGUACACAAUUAUGGUCAUGGUGGAUAUGGAGUGACAACUGCUCCUGGAACAGCUCUGCAUGCUGUCAAACUAGUCAGGGAUGUUUUAUCGUCGAGUAAUAUGAGUAAAUUGUAAAACAAAUGAAAGCUAAUACAUAUAUAGAAAAUUUGAGA